GUAAGGCAGAAACAGACAAAUAUUUGGAAGGGCGUGAACUUUUAUGUUCCAGAAUUAAACGUGCCCACGAAAGUCAAAUGAUAUGAAGGGCAGAUCAGACCUCCGAAAUGAAUGUUUACAGGUUUAUUUUGACUGGAUCACGACUUGUUAGUGAAAGAUUUCACAAUAAUUGCUGUUCAUCUUUCCACGUAGGAGCAAGAAGACAUCAAAUCGCUGCCAGAGAAGCUGGAUCCCGUGUCGAUGAGGGAGAGAAGUUACAAGGUUUACCAGAUGGACCAAUGUCUAUAUAUCAGGAGAAAAUAGCAAGCAGGAAACUUAAAUAUGACAGCCAUCAGGUGGGCAUUGUCCAGAACCUUGAGGAUCUUCAUACCACUCUGGAGAGUUAUGAACCCCAACAGUCUGAGGGAUGGUUUACUAAGAUGUUUUCAAGAAAUGAAAAAGACAAAUCAGGUCAUCCUAAAGGCUUGUAUCUUCAUGGAAAAGUAGGUACUGGUAAAACAAUGCUGAUGGAUCUGUUUCAUGACCAAAGUCGAGUGAAGAAGAAAAAACGGGUCCAUUUCCACAAAUUUAUGUUAGAUGUUCAUAAACGAAUCCAUGCCAUUAAACAGACGAUACCUCGACAGUACAAUGUACAGAAGAUAGACCCAUUUGACCCCAUACCCCCAGUAGCCAAGGAAAUCAGUGAGGAAACAUGGCUGCUAUGCUUUGAUGAGUUUCAGGUCACAGACAUUGCUGAUGCUAUGAUACUGAAGCGGCUGUUUAUGGAACUGUUUAAGAAUGGUAUUGUGGUGGUGGCCACCUCCAACAGACCACCAGAUGAUCUCUACAAAAAUGGUUUACAAAGAGGAACUUUUCUGCCAUUCAUAGGAAUUUUAAAGAGUCACUGUAAAACACUUAACCUGGACUCUGGAAUAGACUACAGAAUGACAGUUGGUCCAGCAGAAGGCAAGAUUUACUUUUUGACCUCUAACAGUGAGGCUGACACACACCUAGACCACAUAUUUGAUCACCUAAGUGCUGAGGAAGACCAAGAUCCUGGUCCAAGGGAGAUAAUCGUCCUGAAACGGAAACUUCUGUUGCCCAAGACAUGUGGCGGUGUGCUGGACACAGACUUUAACAGUAUGUGUGCACAGCCUCUUGGUGCAAUAGAUUACCUGGAAAUAAGCCAAAAUUUUGACACUGUAAUUGUAAGGAAUAUACCACGAAUGUCACUUAGUCGCAAGUCAGAAGCUCGAAGAUUCAUCACACUCAUUGACACCCUAUAUGAUAAAAAGGUGCGUGUGUUGUGCUCUGCUGAAGUAGAACCCAUUGGACUGUUUACAAGUGGGAGUAUCAGUAAACGUGAUGAGGAGACUAACAGUAUGUUAAUGGAUGAUCUCGGCAUACUACAGAGAUCAGGAAUGGGUGAUGCCAAGGCCAGUAUAUUUACUGGAGAGGAAGAACUUUUCGCAUUUGAUAGAACUGUGUCACGUUUGACGGAAAUGCAAACUUUAGAAUAUUGGAAUGAACGAAAACCGACCCGAUCCUAUCAUCCUAGUAAAUCACAGAAAGAUCCUGUUAAACAUGUAUGACACCGGCUGAAUCUAUAGUCAACUGUAUCAGUUUAAUGUUCAUCAUUUAUUUAUAGUGAAAUAAUUUUAAAACAGAUAUGUACCGAUGCAAUGGUGAUCUUUUUUUUAACUUUUGUUGUAGAGAGAAAUCACUCAGCCAUGUUUUCCAGGUUUUAAAAGAUUAGGAAAAUCAAUUAGUGUUUUUUCCAGACAGUUGUAUUGAUUUACGUUUGGACUAUUCAAAAAUAAAACUAGAAAGUAAAACAAACAUGAAAAAAAAAUCUUCCACACCUAGGCCUGUAUCACAUCAUCUACCAGCUGCUGCAGAUCUGAUUUAAUUUGUAGAGACACGCUUAUUCUCUUUGAACUUGAUUUGUCAGUUUCCUGUGAGGGUUCCUGAUGUCUUUCAAAUAUAAAAACAUAUAUCAGAGAACAGUAAUGUCAGUGGUUUAGUCAGAUGGUAUCACUAGGACACACCACAAUUGUUUAUUAUCGUCCUGGUUCUAAUGUAGUCAGGUCAGGAGAUAACUCGUUGUAUAUAUAAGUACAUAUUUAUACUGUUUUUAUUUUACAAUUUGCAAACAAAUAUCUUUGCAGUGGUGCUGUUAUGAUGUUCUUUUUGACAUAACAAUAUUAAUGUACGUGUGUGAAAAAUUCCUCUAUAUACACAUUAAUGGUAGUUUAUGGAUCCGUAGUCUCUUUAGCACAUGUAACACCUACAAUUGUGAAUGUAUCAAAGUUUUACUUUACAAUUUACACUUUAUAAACAAUGUACAUAUCAAACAUGUCAUUAUAUUUCAGGACCGACUGGUGUCUUAAUUGUCAGUCGGUCUAGAAAUGUUGGGACACGUCUGAUUAUCAAUGAUAUUUACAUUGUUUUUGUGUCGCCUACGAUGGAUGUCGGAAAGACACAUAGGCGUCGCUUUUCCGAUGGCGACAGUGGCGGCGGCGGCGUCAACAAUGUUAAGGUUUUGCGUUUAGCUCUGUUCCUGACAAAGUUACACCAACAAAACCUCGAUCAUAGAUGUAGCAUGGGUAGUGGAGCCUACUGCACUAAAAACGUUUCAUUGAUUUCUGCAUUUUUUGGGUAAAAACCUCAAACUUCUGCACUUAAGAAAAAAACUCAACGUUAAUGUUUUGCGUUAAGCUCUUACAUUUUAGGCUGUUUCUGACAAAGUAUUUUUACAUCAUUCACAAAUUAUAUGGUUUAGCUUCGAUUGUCAUACUGAUGAUAAUUUUGACACUUCCAGUGUCUUAUUUUAAUCUCUCUCUUUAAUUCUUUCAUUGUAAUACAAUUUGAAUGCUUCGUGAGAAGGGUGGACAAUAUACCAAAUCUAUGCAGAUUGUUUUCAAGUAGGAACACAAUUUAUUAUUUUUUUUCAUAGGUUUCACUUAGAAUAAGAUCAGAUUUAUUACUUUAAAUGAUAAAGUCUCAUUUGAUUUCAAGCCUUGGGUCAGUAAGGUUUUUAACCUUUGUUCCAUCUCGGAGAUUUCAAAGACGUCAAAAUAUGCACAAAAUAGUAUACUUUUAAAAACAAUGUGUAAAUCAUGAUGUUAUGCUUUACAGAAUGGUGUUGUUACUGAGUCGUGUCGAUAUUUUUAGUCCUCAUUAUUUUUACAUUUUACAUGUACUUUCAUGGCAGAUUAAACUGAUUGUUAAAUUUCA